AUGGUUUCAAAAUCAGAGGCAGUUAUGUCUCUGACUAGCAUGCAGCCCCAAAACACCCUUGGGAUGGAAAACUUAGCCUACACAUCUUCUAGUGGAGAAGAUGCUUCUGCUGUUGCUAUGGAAAUCAUUGCACACCCUCAACAAAACUUAUACAAUCAAGUUAAUAACUUCAACCCCCAGUUUGUGCAAGUGCUGAACAACCAUGGUUCAUGUGAGGAGCUUUAUUGUUUCCCCACUCACUCCUCCGUACUUGAGAGGGGUCACCAUCAUCACCAAUUUCCUUAUUCCACACCAACACCAGAUCUCCUCAGCCUUUUGCACUUGCCAAUGUCCUUUGAAAACCCAAGCACCAAUGUUCUGAAACUCUCUGGCCCUAUGGGAACAGCACACAGAAGAAACGUGUCAUCUGUUUCCUAUGACCCUUUCUUGCACCUGCAAGCACCUCCCCCAGUUGUUGGAAAUGAUUUUGCCUUUGGAGGAGGGGGUGUCAUACAAUGCAGUGGAAUUGCCAACCAAGAUUUUGGAAAUGGGUUGGUGGAGUUCACUCAAGAUGUGGGGAAAAAGAGAGGGGGGAAAAGAACCAACCACUUUACCAGUACCAUUACUGAGAGACAAAAAGGACAGUGGAUUUCAGUAGAAAUUUUAUGCUUUGAAACAACUCAUCCCAAAACCCUCCAAGCCCCUUCGAUAGCCUCUGAAGCAGUAGUGGAAGACCUUGUCACGCAGCGACACUGCCCUGGUUACGCCGCCUCGUCCAUGCCGCGUCGUCCAAUAUCCUCCGUCGACAAUGGUAGCCUUCAACUCAGCCACCCACCACCUUCCUCAGCUCAGAACACUGCAAAACGCUACAAGGAAAAAGGUUACACCAUUGAUGCGUAA